CGGCAUCCCUCCGGAGACUAGAAGAAUCUGUUCCCAUUCUGAUGUGCAAUCUGGAAAAGAUAAUGCCUCCAUCGUUUUUCGAUGCAAUGGAACAUCUUAUAAUACAUCUUCCGUAUGAGGCUUUGACUGCUAGGCCCGUCUUCUAUCGCUGGAUGUACAGAUUUGAAAGAUUUCUAGGAGAGUUGAAAAAGAAAGUGACCAACAAGGCACACGUUCAGGCUUCAAUUUGUCAAGCGUAUCUUCAACAAGAAAUCUCAACGUUCUCGUCCUUUUAUUUCGAGCGUGACGUCAUCACCAGAAGGAAGAGACCUGCCCGGAACGAUGACAUUGGCGAGGAUUUAUAUGAAAAUGUAGUUUCCAUCUUCAAUUACUCAGGCAGAGGUAAAGGAGCUGCGACACACCGAU